AUGCCAUGGCGCAUCGACGAACUUCGUCUGGAGGACAGCACAACGCGACUGGACUGCCUCGACCAGCUCGUCGCCGAGGGUACGGCAACGAUCAGCAACUGGACGUUGGGACAGUCCUGGACAGAAGCCCCAUUACCGUUAACGGAAGCGGAGCUGGUGGACCUGAUGGACAGGAAUGGGAUUGGCACAGAUGCAUCGAUUCCACAGCACAUCCAGACAAUCCAGGAUCGCGGCUACGUGCAACUCUGUGACGGCAGUGGCGCACCCAUUGAGACAGCGAAGGCUGGGGCCUUCGGACGGAAGCGAGGACGGCCGAGCCCAAGACCAAAAGCACCGGGGAGGUACCUUGUCCCCACGGAGCGAGGAAUGGCACUUGUCCGUGGCCUCAGCCACCUUGAUGCUUCGCUGUGCGAGCCCGAGGUUCGUGCGCUGAUCGAGCGUGAGUGCGCCAUGGUGGCCAGCGCGGAGCUGCAGCAGGACGAGGUGCUAAAGCGCAACAUCGAGCUGUUCCAGGGCAAGUUCAAGCACGUGGAGCGGAGCGUAGACGAGCUUCGGACUUUCUUCCAGAAAGCACCUGGAGGUGCGCGCAAAGGUGAUGCUCGCCCUGUGACUGGCAAAGCCAGUCGGAAGAAUCGUGCCCGCAGACAAAAUGCAGCGGAAGUGAAUUUGAGGGCUUUGGCAAGUGGACGUGUGCUGUCCAAAUGCCCUGCGUCCCGGCGGAACACCGGCACACCAU